GGGCAUUUUUCCCAGGUAAGUGCUGUGAGGUAUUGUUAACGUGCUGUGUUGGUGUGCGCUUUGUUGCUGCUCGCUUCCGCCUCCGUUCUGCGAGCUUGUUCGUUUCGUACAAGGGGUAUUGGAAGACGAAGAGGAUGGAGAUGCAAUCGACCACUUGCCCGUCACUACUACGCGAGGUCUGCUCAUGGAGAAACUGCAGCAGCAACAGGGCAAUGACCCUCCUGGCAGUGGUGAGGAAGAGCACCCCUGUCCCUGCUGCGAGCGGGUCUUCCCGACAGCCGAGCGGCUGGCAGUGCACGUCAAGGUGCACCGGGGCGGACCCAAGCGACCGCUUAAGUGCAAGGAAUGUUGCCGCACGUUCCCUCGCAUCGACAAGCUGCGUGCCCACCAGGUGGUCCACCGGGUUGGCAAGCCCUAUCAGUGUGAACUCUGCGGCAAAGCAUUCACAUUCAAGCAAACUCUCAUGGAGCACCUUCUCCGGCACACGGGUGAGCGUCGGCAUCAGUGCGACCUGUGCCCCCAGAGCUUCUACUUCCGCGCCGACCUCACAAGCCACCGGCGCCGACACUCGGGUGAGCGGCCUUUCGAGUGUCGCGUCUGCCGCCGCCGCUUUGCCGGCCGCGCUGACCAGCUGCGCCACGAACGGUUGCACGAUGGCGACCGGCCGUACCACUGCCCAGUCUGCCAGCGUCGGUUUGGCCGCAACAGCGUCCUCGAGCGGCACAUGAUGCGCCACACGGGCAAGCGACCGUACGAGUGCCACCUCUGCCCAAACACAUUUACACGCUCUUACCUGCUUCAGGACCACUUGAAGGACCACCCACAGCCGCAGCGCAACCUCGGUUCUCCGAGUACACGCAGGGAGAUGAAAGAAAGCCCGCGACAACUUAAGAUAACUGCUGCUGUCUCCAUGUCUGCUGUGCCAGGAGGGCAUCGCAGUUCGCCAUCUCCGUUGUCCACUCAAGCAGUGGUGGCUGCUUCCAAAUCUUCUGUUCCUGAAGAAAAGCCUGAUUCAGCAUCUGCGUCAUCUGCACAGGAAGCAGCUGCUGCUUCAACCUUAUUCCCAAUGCCCAAGGAGGUGCCGCAUUCAGCACCUUCACCACUGCACAAUGCUAAUCCACCCAAAGUAAAACGUGCCUCGAAAUGCAAGGCAAAAUGCAAGGCAAAAUGCAAGGCAAAAUGCAAGGCAAAAUGCAAGGCAAAAGGCAAUGCAAAAGGCAAUGCAAAAGGCAAUGCAAAAGGCAAUGCAAAAGGCAAUGCAAAAGGCAACGCAAAAGGCAACGCAAAAGGCAACGCAAAAGGCAACGCAAAAGGCAAUGCAAAAGGCAACGCAAAAGGCAACGCAAAAGGCAACGCAAAAGGCAACGCAAAAGGCAACGCAAAAGGCAUGGCAAAAGACCCAGUAAAGCCUAUGUGCAGCCCAGUCAGCAGUUUGAAUUCGUUGGGUUAUUGCACCCUGUCUGAGGAAAAUCUCAGCUAUGAACUUGGGCCAUCAGUUUCAUCUUCAGAAGACCAGAAUUUCCACCUUCAGGAACAGGUCUAUGAAAGAAAGCCAGGAAACCUCAGGAACGUGCAAGCAAAGCAGCAGCAGAACAACAUGGAGGCUUCUGACACCUCAUCUGCAGUGGUGAACAAUGCGACACCUAAUUUACCAUCCUCAUCACCUCCACCAGCGAUGGUCGACAUGGCCAAGUUCAAACAGGCCUCGAGAGUUGACUACACGCAUUGCCCAGCUACCAUCAUGGUUUCGCCGCUGUCAACGGAGACCCAGACCGCAAACCUGGUUUCAAGAGCUCAGCCCAUGAUUUAUCCCCCGGGCAGCUACAAGAUUUUACCAUCUAGCAGUGACCCGUUUGGGCCAAGACCAAGUGGGCACGGACUGGUGGUUUCAUCUUUAGGAGACCACAGUUCACUGCUCAGCAAACAUAUGUGUGAAGUGAUGCCGCAGCCUGCACUCAGAGAUGCUGCUUUCCUGCUCCCCCACGACGAUACGCCGGGCAGUCACGGGGUGUCAGAAGUAGAGCCACAGGCUGUGCUUGGCCUUUCGUGCCCACUGUGGGGAGACCAGGAUCUGCAAGAAACCAACGGCCCGUGUAGCGCAGAAUUAAAGGAUGAGCUCAAUCUCAUGCAUUCCUUGUCUGCCUGCCCAGUUGUCCAAGAAGACAUGGGAAGGCACUCUAGUUAUCUGUCUGCGGCACUUAGCCUCGGGUCAGCUUGGUCAAAGUAUUGCAUCCUGCGUGAAGGCAGCUCUUCCUGAAGUGAUACCAAAGGUUAAGGAUUGUGCUAUGUCUCUGGUGCUUUCGUGCAAGUUAAACACGUGCACAAGCAAAUGAAAAAGCCUAGUCAAGUAAAGGCGGGCUCAGUGGGUUGAGGCUCUGUGCGAUUUUUCAAUUCUCUGAAGAGCAACAUAGGAAAAGAGUGACCAUUUACUUUGAAGAUGGAGUGGGAAUCGACAGUCACCUUCGUCAAUUUCAGUGCUCGAUGCAGUGUCGGCAGUGUGUGAGCCGUUGUCACGAUGCCACGAAAUGGUGUUCUCUGACUGUGAUAUCCGUGUACUUUUGUAAUGUGCUUUUUUUCCCUACCUGUGAUUGUUUAGCUUUGCUGUGAUAAGCUGAGGUCAUUGCAUACAUCAGUUCCACCAUAACACCUAAGAGUCUGUGUGGGCAGGGACCUUUAAUGUGCCUUGCUUCCCACUCCCACCAUAUGUGAUAUUCCUAUUGCUGCUACUGUUGCUGCUGCUGUAGUUUGUACCUUGCUCCCCUCCCCUACAUACACACACAUUUACUGCAGUUAAGGGCAACUGUGAAACUACCUUUGCUGCAAGUAAUGCUUUGUAGUUUGUUUUAGUUGUAGUUGAAGAUGACUGUGAUAUAUAGGAAAGGCAGGACUCUAGCUUCUCUCAUAGCUUCCUGUAUUUUAUACAAUGCCUGUCCAAUAUCAACGCAAAACAGUAGAGCCAGUGGCCUGCUCUUGUUAGGGUGCAGACAGUAUUUGCCUUGUGUUACUUCUGCAUGCAGCUGUGUAAGCAAUGGCGACGAGCAUUGAAAAGUUGUCACUACCCCAGUAGCGCUCCAUAUACAGCGACCAAAAUCUGGGCCCUAGUAGGACCUCUAAGUCAAAUUUCCCCCCAGCCCUAGUUUUGCUCUACUGGGCAGGCAUAGUAUAAGUACAGGUUGCAGUGUAAGCCUUGUCUCACCUUGUGAUAUUUUCUUGUAUGUGAAUCUGUGAUUUCUUGCAACGUGGAGUUCAACUAGACCAGCGUAGCUGUCAGCUCCAUGAUUGGACUGCCAUGAACCAGGAUACAAUUGGCGUGCUUACUGCAGCAGUUGUUGUCUUAAUUGGAUUGAAGCCAGCUGUGAUGCUUGUCAUGUGUUUGACAUAAUGUGUGAGGGUAAUUAUUCGCACUCUGUAAUAGAAUGUGUGGAUUGUGUUCUCUGUGUCAGACGGGCAUUCUGACAUGACCUUCCCUGAUCCAGUGCUUGCUUGGGGAGUGCACCAACCUGGUAUUAACCGUUACCUUGCCCUUGCGACGUUGUAAUUCACUACCAGUCGGUGUCAUUAUUAGCUCUAAAUAGUUUCAGAAGAGAAUGCACACUGUGGUCUGCUACUUUUUACAAAAACAUCAGUUGAAAACAGGGCAGCAAAGAACAACUGCAAUUCAGCUACUUAGAAGGGUGUUCCGAUUGCUCUAAUCACAUUUACUGUUUACAAGGCCAAACAGAAGACAACUUGAAGUUCUAUAAGAAACACAAUAUUCUAUUCAGAAGCUUUACUUGCAGUGCAUGGAACUUCACAUACUUUUUGUUAAUAAAAGGACAUUUUCAUCUCUUGUGUGCCAUUCUCUACGAGGCUGUGGUGAAUGCUUAUUUCAUAA